ACAACCAACUGAUGCCAGCAGAACCGAAGACCUAUUUAUUGCAAUAAAACGUACCUUCCUUAAACUCCUUUAGUUACCUACCUAUAUUUAAUAUUUUUUUUAAUUAAAGUCACAGAUAUACGUAGGUGAUUGAGAAUAUUACAGAAUAUUGGGUCGUAUACGCCAUGACGAUAGGCGUGUUACUCUUGAUUGCGGCGUACUUUUUACACUGUGAAGGUGCUGCAGUGAAUGUGAAUAAGGAUGUCCUUAACAACCGACCGAUCCUCGGUGUCUUAUCACAGGAACAAUCCUUGCAUCUCCAUUCGAAGUUUCCAGAAGAAAACUAUACUAGUUAUAUUGCGUCAUCAUAUGUGAAAGAUGUAGAGAAAUCAGGUGCAAGAGUUGUACCAAUUCUAAUCGGCAAAGACCGUUCGUACUACAGGAAUAUUAUGGAAAAGAUUAACGGAGUUCUGUUCCCGGGUGGUGCUACGUAUUUCAACCAAUCCAACGGUUACGCCGACGCUGGUCAACAUAUCUACGAAAUUGCUCAAGAACUAAAUGACGCUGGCGAUUACUUUCCAAUUUUCGGGACAUGUCUAGGAUUUCAACUGCUCGUUAUAUUAGCUUCGGGACGCGGGCCGAAGGAGAAUCGAGCCUCAUGCCACUCCUUUGAAAAUCUGCCUCUUAAUUUUACACAGGAUUAUCGCAUGAGCAAAAUGUUUCGGGAAACACCGGAAGAUAUUCUUGAUAUUUUGAAGAACCAGCACGUCACAGUAAAUGUCCAUCAGUUCUGUAUACUUGAUGAUAACUUAAGGUUUCAUAAUCUGAAGAAAGAUUGGCGUGCCACUUCUCAUAGCAUUGAUGAAAAUGGUGUCAGAUUCAUUGCCAGUCUCGAACAUAAAAGGUAUCCAUUCUACGCAGUCCAAUUCCACCCGGAGAAGAGCUCGUUCGAAUGGAAACUAUCGAAGAAAUACGCGCACACGUUUGAUGCUGUGAAAGCGAAUCGAUACUUUAUGGAUUUCUUCGUAAAUGAGUGUCGUAAAAGUAACCAUACCUUUGCCAGUGCUUCCGAAGAAAAUACUUAUUUGAUCUACAAUUACGAACCUCGAUUUACCGGUGAACUUGGCAGUGCUUAUCAUCAGUGUUAUAUGUUUGAGCCAAGGGGAACGGUCUAAUGAUUACUGUUUCUAUCGUUCAGUUUUAAGAGAUGUUGGAACUUCGCUGUAUCCUUCCCGAAAAGCCCCCUGAAAUGCUCCCUGCAUUUUAGAGGUGAGCUUUUCGGUUACUAGUGAACUGCCAACUAUCAUAUUUUAAUCAGCACUCGCUUAAUGAGAAAAAAAUAUACUUUUUGUAUUUCCGAACAACAAAAAUUUUGUAAAUACGUAAUAUCUUACUCAUAAUUUAACAUAAAAUUAUAACGGAAAUUCUGUGUUGAAAUUAUCAGAGGAAGUGGAGGAUUUUUAUGUACGGAACCUUUUCUACACGAAUCUGAGUAGCAUUUGACCGCUAUUUUAUAUGCAUAUCUAGUUUUGAUGAUUAGAAUUUGAAGCGCAUUGAAAAUUAUAAGGCGGUAAUUUUUGGCUGGUCAUCGGAUGGCGGCGAUUUGUCUUCCUUUUGAGAAAUAUUGUAGUAGAUAAGUAUUUUUUGGUGAAGUUAGUUAUAGUUUUUAAAUCAGAAAUCUAAGAAAGAAUUUAUUCAUUGAUCAAAAACAAGCAUUUGUUGUUGUUUUUUUUUAAUUUUAUUUAUUAAAUUUCACAAUAUAUUAUAAUAAACUUUAAUUAAUUAUCAAAGAAAAGUUUUAUGACUUUCGCCAAACGUAUUUUAUCGAUAGAUACGAAUCUGAAUGGACGAAUGUGAAUUUUACCUUAUCGGUAUGAUGUUUGUCACUUAUAAUUUGUUAUCAGUAC